AUGACUCACCACAAAAACAACAACAAGGACAACCACGACGACGAGCUCUACAUUGAGGUCUACCAGAAGUACCUGGAGAAGGCCCAGCGCCUAAUUGACGAGCACAAGGUGCUGGUAGUGGCGCUGUCUUGGUCGGAUGCGUGUGAGGAAAUUAAGACUUGCCUCCAGACCAUCAAGGGCGAGUUGGAGCCCUUCUACCUGGAGUUGGACAAGGAGGAAGCCAUGGACCGUGUGGAGCUGCAGAAGGCUUUUGUCGAGAUCACCUCCAGUAACGCCAUCCCAUCAGUCUUCGUCAAGGGCAAGCACAUUGGAUCUGGAGAGGAGGUCAUGGAACUUUUCCACGACAAGAAGCUCUCUGAGGUUCUGGCUAAGGCUGGCGUUGAGCUUCCCAAAUAA